AUGAACAUUGAGGUUGGGAACGUGUCUUACACGGGAGCCAUCAUCUCCUGGUCGUCCUCAGAGCCUUGCUUGGAGGACUAUUACCAUAUUAUGUACAGGCCCAACUGGAACAGUAUCUUCUCUGGCUAUCUGCGCUACAGCUUCCAUCACGAGGAGAAGGUGCCUCGAACCAUCACCUCGGUGGCGUUGGAACACCUCGCCCCUUCCACUCUCUACUUCCUCUGCAUCAGCUGCAAGAAGGCUGCCUUCCCAUACAGUCACUACUGUACCAUGUUCCACACCCUGGAUAAGAGUCCACUGGCUGCCGGGGGCUCCCUGGUGGACCCCCAAAUUUCCCUUUGGGUGCUGAUGGCCAUCCUGCUGGCCUGCUUCACUGCUGUGUUGGCCUUCAUCUGCCUCCAGUUCUGGUGCAUCCGCUGUCAUGAGCCUCGAUGGUCUUACAGAGCUGGCCACAUGGAGGAAGUCAAUGGGUUGGUAAGAUGGCCCGAGGAGGCCCCAGCCCUUGGUCAGAGGGAAGAAGACCUGCAGGGGCUCCCCCUGGUGGAACUGCCACGCAAGAACUCUGGGGCCAGAGUAGAAGCUGAAGCAGAAGCAGAAGCCAACCAGGAUGCCUUGGAUGUGGUGGCCUUAGCUAGAGAAGGUGGUGACCAACCAGCCAUACUGCCUCACUAUAGAGCGUGAGCAAUGGGGAGGAGAUGGCCCAUUUCACAUUGCCUAAAAUGCUGUCUGCAGUGUGUCCUAUGUGAACAUUUGUCUACAGGCCACCCGCUUCUCUCCUCUCAAAUGACAGUGCUGUAUGGAUGAGUGGGGUUGGAUGGAUGCCAAAUGACAACGGUCCCCAAGCUGGAAAACACAGGCCCUCGAGGUAUG